AGGAUUUAAAUGCCUCUCUCCGUGUAUUCAGAAAUCAGAAGAGAGCGCUUCAAAAUCCUUCGGUUACCGAUCAUAUUGGGCGCUGUCUGGUUGGCUUUUUUCUUUUGUCAAAUCUUUGGAAUUUAAUUUGGCCAGAAAGAGAAUUUUAUUCUGGUUUUAUACAGUAUCUCUCGUGCUCCCUGAUUAAUGCCGAUUUCACAGAUUUUCCGGCCGUUUUUUCUCGUCCUGAAAUGAAAUGGGCAAUGCAGAAGCGCACGAGGAGGAGCAGAGUAAUUCAAGUCCAGAACAAACCAAUCCCAAAAUCCCUUCUCCGUUUAGCUCUUCCAGUGACUCUAAAGUUGUUGUACUCGAUGGGUUCACUCUUACUGGACCAGUCUUCAUUAAUAUCAUGAGCAGAAGUGAAAAAACCAACUACGGAAGCAAUAGCAGUAGCAACAGAAGCAACAAGAACAGACGGUGGUGGUGGUGACUAAAAUGGAAUCCGGUAGCGGGGGCGGUGGGUCCGGCGAGGACCCAGAUUUUUCUGACCCUCAAAGGAAGAAGAAGCGAUACCAUAGACACACAGCUCGUCAGAUUCAAGAGCUUGAAGCGGUUUUUAAGGAGUAUCCGCACCCGGACGAGAAGCAACGGAACCAGUUGAGCAGGGAUUUGGGGCUAGAGCCUCGCCAGAUCAAGUUCUGGUUUCAAAACAGGAGGACCCAGAUGAAGGCACAACAUGAACGUGCGGAUAAUUGUGCUCUAAAGGCAGAAAAUGAUAAGAUCCGAUGUGAAAACAUAGCAAUUAGAGAGGCACUGAGGAAUGUAAUUUGCCCAAAUUGUGGGGGUCCUCCUGUUGGGGAGGAUUCAUAUUUUGAUGAACAGAAACUGCGAAUGGAGAAUGCCCGACUGAAAGAAGAGCUUGAUAGAGUAUCUAGCAUGGCCGCAAAAUACAUUGGAAGACCUAUUUCACAACUCCCAUCCAUUCAACCUAUUUCAGGCUCCUCAUUGGAUUUAUCUGUUGGGAGUUUUGGAGGCCUGCCGAUGGGCGGACCAUCCCUUGAUCUUGAUCUUCUUCCAGGAAGCUCUGCCUCUGUUCCGUCACUGCCAUUGCUGACAGGCAUCUCAGAUAUGGAGAAGUCACUAAUGUCAGAGGUUGCGGCCAAUGCCCUUGAAGAAUUGAUCAGGCUUUUCCAGAUGAAUGAGCCCUUGUGGAUGAAGUCUCCAAUUGAUGGGAGGGAAGUGCUUAAUCUUGAAAACUAUCAGAGGAUGUUCCCAAAACCCAACCACUUGAAAAAUUGCGAUAUUCGGGCAGAGACCUCGAGAGAUUCUGGUGUGGUUAUCAUGAAUGGACUGGCAUUGGUUGACAUGUUUAUGGACUCAAACAAAUGGGCUGAGCUAUUCCCUACAAUUGUCUCGAGAGCCAAGACAAUUGAUGUGGUUACAUCUGGAAUUGUUGGAAGCUGGAGCGGUUCCCUGCAACUGAUGUAUGCAGAAAUGCAGGUGCUCUCCUCAUUGGUUCCAACUCGAGAAUUAUACUUUCUCCGUUACUGUCAGCAAAUUGAACAAGGCUUGUGGGCUAUAGGAGAUGUCUCCUUUGACCUAUCCCGAGAGAUCCAGUCUGCUUUGCCUUAUUACAUUCGGAAGCUUCCUUCUGGAUGUUUGAUUCAAGACCUGCCCAAUGGAUACUCCAAGGUUACUUGGGUGGAACAUGUGGAAGUGGAAGACAAGAACCCAACUCAUCGGAUUUACUGGGAUCUUGUUCACAGUGGAAUGGCAUUUGGAGCUGAAAGAUGGAUUAGUACUCUUCAAAGAAUGUGUGAGAGAUUUGCUUGUCUGAUGGUAACGACUUCAUCUAGUCGAGAUCUCAGUGCAGGGAUUCCCUCACCAGAAGGUAGGAGGAGCUUGAUGAAGCUCUCUCAAAGAAUGAUUAAGAACUUUUGCACAAGCAUUAGUGCAUCAAGUGGUCAUGGAUGGACCACACUUUCUGGCUUCAAUGAUGUUGGUGUUAGAGUUACAGUUCACAAAAGCUCAGAUCCAGGCCAACCCAAUGGUGUGGUUCUCAGUGCAACAACCUCUAUGUGGCUCCCAGUUUCACCACAAGUUGUCUUCAAUUUCUUUAGGGACGACAGAACUCGAUCUCAGUGGGAUGUACUCUCCAAUGGUAAUUCAGUGCAAGAGGUUGCCCACAUUGCAAAUGGUUCACAUCCUGGCAAUCGUAUCUCAGUUCUUCGUGUAAGUUUGUUGGAAUUGAUUCAAUUGAAUAGGCCUUUAUGGUUUAAUCUUCUGAUAUCUUACUUUUAUUGUAACUGUUAUUGUGGAUUGGUUGGUAAUUGGUUCAUCAUAAUGGGUUCUAUCCAACAGGCUUUAAAUUCUAGCCAGAAUAAUAUGUUGAUACUUCAAGAGUGCUGUACCGACCCAUCUGGAUCGCUCGUCGUCUAUUCACCCGUCGAUCUCCCGGCAAUCAACAUAGCAAUGAGUGGGGAAGACACCAGUUAUGUCCCUCUACUUCCAUCAGGGUUCACCAUCUCUCCUGAUGGCCGGCCAGAUCAAGGGGGAGGAGCAGGGCCAUCAACAAGCUCAAACAUGCAAGGGAGCAGGUCAGGUGGUUCACUGGUAACAGUGGCAUUUCAGAUACUUGUGAGCAGCUUACCAUCUGCAAAACUGAAUAUGGAGUCGGUGACAACCGUUAAUAAUCUCAUCAACACCACUGUCCACCAAAUUAAAGCUGCCUUGAAUUACUCCAGUUCCUGAUAGAGCUGCAAAGGCUUCUUUUCUCCAUCUCCAACCUUCUUAAAUAUACUGAUCAAAAGAACUGAGAGUUCUUGCUGGAUGCAUUCAAUGGAGUGAGGUUGGUUGGUUGGUUUGGACUUGAAUGCUUCUCUACCCAAAGCUCAAAACAACAAAACAUCAACAUUGUUACUGACAAAAGACCCCCUUCCAUUUGAUCUUUUGAUAGAAAGGUCAGUUAAAUAGAGGGAGUCAAGAACGCACCAUAGCCGUCCUCCAUUGCUGUGUGGACUCUUCUCUCUCUCUCUUUCACUCCAUAUCCGUUUGGCUUUAUAACUCCCCACACAGCAAGGGUAAUGGUUCGGGUAUUGACUUCUAUUCAGGGACUUCAGUAUCAUCUAGAAUAUGUUAAUGACUCCUAUAUAGGAAAGUUUCCUAAUUUAAUUCUCUGUUCUGACUGUUCUUGUUCAGUUAUAAUAGAAAAAAGAAGUUAUUUGACAUUUAAAUAA